AUGAAUUCAUCAUCCAAACGACAAUUACCAAAUGUAAACUCGGAAUCAACUGAAAAGAUUCGUCAUUUAAAUACAGCAUUAAUUAAUACAGAAAAUAAUUUACGACAUGCACAACAAAAUUUUGAAUUAUUAAAACAAAUUCAACAACCAGCAUCAACAUCUUUAUUAGAUACAUUUCGUAAUAAUGCUAGUACUAAUGAUGGACUUCUUUCAACGAGUGACUCACAUUAUGAUCAAGAACAAACAACAAUAGGUUCACGACGUACAACAACAUCAUCAUCGAAUCAUCAACGAAGUAAUAGUAAUAAAGGUGUUCGUUUUAAUGAUGAUGUUAUUGGACGUUCAUUACAUAAUUUUAAUAAUGAAUUACAAUCAUUAUCAAAUGAACAUGGAAGACUUAAACAUGAAAUAAGUAAAACAACAUCAACAAAACAUCAACAACAAAAAGAAUCAUUAGAUUUAAAUGACAGUGAUGAUGGUGAUAUAAAUGACUCAUUUCUCUCGAAACAAGAUCCAUUGGUUGAAGAGAUCGUUCAAUCACGUCUUGAUCGACGUUUACAAGAAAUCGAACGUGAAAUAAAACGUGAUAAAGAUCAACAACCACAAGGAGAUAUUCGUGUACUUAUAAAUGAACUUCAAUCACAACGAAAUUUAACAACACCAAUUCAUAAUGAAGAGGAUAAAAUUUUGCAAGCUCGACUUUUACUUGCUGAAUCAAAUAAACAAAUGUAUGAAUCUCAGUUACAAAAUACUAGAAGACAAUUAGAAGAAAGUGAAAUUAAUAAAAGUUUAUUAGCACAACAGGUAGCACAACUUAAAGAUCAAUUAAUUAGAACUGAUUUAGGACGUGAUAAACAAAGAGAUGAAGAAUUAUCAUUAUCAGUCAAUCGACGGCGAAGAACAGAACAAGAUCGUCUUCAAUUAGAAAAUGAUUAUUUAAUUCAACAACAAAUGAUGCUUUCAAAAUCGACAACAUUAAAUGAAAUGGUUACAUUUAAAAAAGAACUUGAGAAAAGUGAACGUCAACGUGAACAACUUUCUGAUCAUUUACAGGUCUUAACGAAAAAAUGUGAUGAUAAAGAAAGAGUUGUUGCAAAAAUAUUACUUGAAUUAAAAGAAAUAACAGAAAAUUGUGAUACAUAUGAACAACAAAAUACAAAAUUACAACGUGAUUUAACAUUAGCUUUAGAAAAAUUAGAAGAAAUGACACAAGAAGCUGAACGUUAUGCACAAGAAGCAUUAAAUACUCAAAAACAAUUAGCUGAAUCCGAACAACAACGAGAAGAAUUAAAAAUUCAAGCACAAGAAACAAUUAAACAAUGGAAAGCAAAAGUUAAAAAACUUGAAAAAGAUGUUGAUCGACAUAAAUUUGGUUCAACACAAAUGUUAGAACGGAAUGAACAAUUAGUUAAAGAUACAGAAAAUAUUAAAACACACAAUCUUACUUUACGUGAACAAAUUACAAGACUUGAAACAGAUUUAAAUGAUGCAAAUACAAAAUAUAAUCGAUUAGAAGAACAUUUCAAACGAAAUGAAAAUGAUCUUGUUCAAAUUCGUUCGAAUCGUUCAACACAAGAAGCAGAAAUAGCAACACUUAAAAGUUCAGUUAAUGAACUUGAAAGUCAAUUAUCUAUUUAUCGUCAACGUUAUUCACAAAUUGAUAAAGAAAAACAAAAUAUUCAACAAUUAUUACAAGAAGAAAUCAAUCAUCGAAAUAAUAUUGAUUCAAAAUUAAAACAAGCUGAACAAGAUAUUGACACACUUAAUGUAUCUCGUUCUCAACUUCAACAACAUAUUAUUGAAUCGGAAAAUGAACGCAUGGAUUUCGUACAAAAAAUAAAAGAAAUUGAAUUCGAACGAGAUUCAUUAUCUAUUCAAUAUCAUUCUAUUUCAAAAACAUUUAAUGAUGAAAAAACAAAAUUUCAAACAAAACUUGCAUCAAAUGAAAGUGAUUAUGAAGAAAUGAAACGUAAGUUAGAAACAGUCAAAAUGGAAUAUUUACGUAGUAUGAAGACAUUUCAAGUUGAUUAUAAAAAUAAAAUUGAAACACUUAAAUUACAAUUAUCUGAUGAAAAAGCUCGAAUAGGAAUUUUUCAAAGACAUGAAAUUGAACAUAAAAAAGAUAUUGAAAGACUUCAAGAAAAAGCAACAAAAUAUGAAGAUGAAGCAACACAAGCACAAUAUACAAUUGAAACAAUAUCAAGAGAAUUGAAAGAAAAGUCUCGAUUAAUUGAUGAAUUAGAAUCAAAACUUAUAAAAUUAACAGUUGAUACAACAAAUGAAAAAAAUGAAAUUAUUAAAAAGGAAAAAGAUUUUCAAAAUUCACUUCAUACAGUUUAUAAUGAUAUUAUCUAUUGUACAGAAUGUUUAUCAAAUGAUUCUGAAGAACCAUUUAUUAUUGAUUCACCAACUAGUUCUCGUGAUGAUAUUGAAACAUGGUUAAGUAAAGUUAAAGCUCGUCUUGCUUGGCUUAAACAAGAAUUAGAAAUUCGUCAACAACAAGAAAAUAAAGUUCGUCAUGAUUUAAAUAGUGCUUUACUUGAUAGUGAUGCUGAUAGAAAAUAUUUUGCAGCAGAAUUAGCUAAACGAGAAGUUAUUAUUGAUGAUUUAUCACGUGAAAAAUAUAAUUAUCAAGAUUUUGAAAGAGAAUCAUCGGAUAAACUUAAAUUAUUAAAAAAUCAACUUGUAAAAGUAGAAGGACAUUCAUUGAAAGAACUUGAACGUACAAAACAAUUACAAGUAAUUGAAAUGCAAAUUGAAUAUGAAAAAAGACGAGCUUUAACUGAAGAUGAAAAAGAUCGUAUCAAUGAACGAUAUCGACAAUUUCAAACAAUGAUUGAUUCAGUUAAACAAGAAUUACAUACAGCAAAAGUUCAACUGUCGACUAAAACCUUAUAA